AUGUUCUUGCAAUAUUAUGAGGACGAGAGUGGGAACAGAGUCUAUACUUUGAAGAAAUUGUCGCCGAACGGGCAGCCCACCAGCUCAGCCCACCCAGCCCGAUUCUCGCCAGAUGACAAGUUCUCGCGACACAGGGUGACCUUGAAGAAACGCUUUGGACUGCUGCUCACCCAACAGCCUAGACCUGUCCUGUAA